UGGGUAAAAGUUGAUGUAUUCGCCAUAUUGGAUUUUCUGAGUGUCAACUUGGGUCGGGUUUCAAGAAGGAUACACAAUUUUAACUGUAUUUCAUACCGAAAUCCACCUUCACUGGGUUUUCUACGUGAAGCCAGAUGAGCAGAAUGUCUCCAGCAGAGAAUAAAAGAGCCAAAAGACGCAGGGCUAAACGCACAGGGACGAAAUUGGGCCGACCAACCAGGCCCCUGGCACCGAGGAACACAACUGCUGCUGAUGAGCCAUUAGACCUGAGCACCAGGGGUAAGGAAGGAGACCUGAUGGGACAGAUGCCCCAAACAGUUUUUGGCCAACCCCUCCAGCUGAACGCUGAGCGCUGUCUCCUAUGUCGGUGUGAGAGGAAGGAUCCUGUCCUCCCCCCCUCCAGCGAUGGUUCGACCUCAGCGGCAUCCUUCGACACACAAGGGCUGGCUCAGGUUCCCCUGUGGGUGUGUCCUGACUGUCGGAGAAGUGUGGAGGAGGAGGAGAGGAAGGCAGCCUUGGAGCCAUCACUGCUGCCUCAGGACCUGUUCAUGCCGUCCUCCGUCCCGUACCUCACGCCAGUUCCGGACCUGGGCGCGGGAGCAGGCUUGGUGACCUCAUCCGAGCCCACCACUCCCAACGGCAGCAUCUGCAACUGUGAGGCAUGCAAGGAAAGAAGGGAGAUAGCAGCAGAGCAAGAGCGAGAGACCCAGGAGCUCCAGCAGUGUUGGACGGAGGUUAGGCACAUGGUGCGAUGUGUCUACAGGGAGGCAGGGACUUCUCUUGCUGCUGAGGAGAGUCGUGAGCUGCAGAUGGACACCGACAAGAUGAAGCAGCUGGUGGGAAGGUUGUGUUCCCGUGACCCCCACCAGCUGUACCAGAGGCUGGAGUCCCAGGGGAGAGAGUACGUCAUCGAGAUGAAGGUUCGACUCCUCAAGCAGCUCACAUCAGGUCACAAGACUCCCCCUCAGGCCAGACAGUUCAUCGCCAUGUUGUUGGAUGAGUACAGCGCCCUGUGUGAGGCUGCCAGGCUUCUCACUCCUGCUCUGGAUGAAAUGGAGAAGGGUCACCUGUCCAAGUUCCAGCUGACCUGGGAGUUUGUGAAUAAGCACCUGUUCCACAGUAUUAUCUACACAGACCCUCUGGUACAGAACAGUGUACCUGCUCUCAUCACACAGCUCAGGUUGGGUGCAGCCUCUAAGGAGUCAUACCAUGAAGACACCUACCCUAAUGUCUUGCACAGAUACCUGAAGUUCGAUGAUGAGAUGACAAUGGUACAGAUGACAUGGAGAGACUGUCAGCAGCUCAUCGAUGAGUACACAGAAGAACAGGCAACCCUUAAAGCAAAGCAGAGGAUGCUGAAGGAAGACUGGGAAUUCUUCAAGGCUCAAAGGAAACUUCUAGAAGCCCAGACCAAGAAGAAGAAGUCGAGCCAUUCCGGGUCGAGCAGCAGCAGCUCUGUGGAGAAGACCACCCCCAGCCUGACCGACACCGUCAGGCAGCUGUUCUCCAGUGGGAAGACCAAUGCAGAGGAGUGUCAGUGUUCGCACUGCAAGAGCAAAAGGUGCCCCUGUGAUGAGUGCAGCUUGUCCCACAUGUUGUCAGCGGGCAUCCCAGACUCCGACAUUACAGAGGAGUUUAACUUCCAGCCCCCUCCCCUCCCCCGGGACCCCCUGCCCGACCCCCUGGAGGACAUCAGACCCCCCAGCAUGUCCUCACCGAGCUCGUCCGGCUCAGAGUCCUCGUCUCCCGUCGCCCCAGAUACGCACCACCCAGGGUUGAACUUUGCCCCGAUCUCCCCAGUACACCUCGGCAGUGAGGAUGCAGAAGACCUGAGUUCUCAGAAGAGCCUGUUGUCCAUGCCCCUCCUGUUCCAUGGAGAGGGUCUGGCCGACCUCCACACACCCACACUUGAUGGUCAUGAUGCUGACUACAAGUGGCAGAAAUGGGAAGACUUUGCUUACCACAAUACAGGGAUCAUAAACCAAGACACUCUGCAAUGGGAAGAUGUGAAACUCAGCCUCACCCUCAACCUGGAACAUGGGAGCAAAAAUCCAUCGGAGAACGGGGUAAAGGGAGAUUCUGAGAACGACCAACAAGAAGACAAUGAGGACAGCUCAUCAGGCAGCCUCUCUCGCAAAGACUCCUCCGCCUCCUCUUGCCAAGCAUCAUCUGUGGAUAAGGACGAGGAUGAUGAUGGAGAUGAUGGGGAUGAAGAAGAAGAGGAUGAUGAUGAUGAUGAAGAGGAGGAGGUGGAUGAUGAUGAGGAGGAUGAGGAUGAUGAUGACGAUGAUGAUGAUGAUGAUGGGGACAUGUCAGACGACCAGUCUGAUGAGGAAGAGGACGAUGAGGAGGAAGAGAAAGAGACAACAGCUGAUGUGGAGAAAAAAACAGAUACAUUGGAUGUGACCAAUGGCGUCACACCCUGUGAGUGUUACGUGUGUCUCCAGGGAAGACUCGAUGCUGCCCAGGACGCAGCGGCGGCGUCCAUCACGCCGCACUUCCCCACCGACGCUUCCUCCUUCCCCACCACCCUGGAAGGUCUGCACCUCUACCCCCACAUCCACGGGCACUCCCCACUCGUUCCCACGCACAUGGGCCAUUCUGUGCGACCUCUCAUUCACCCGCACUUGUACAACCUCUACGCAAAGCAGCCCCGUACCAAGCGACACCCCUUCAACCUGGAUCUGGACACGCCGGAGGCAUUACACGAACACAUCUAUCAUGCCUACGGCGAAUGGGACACGUCUUACGACAGUUCAAAGUUCAUGCUUGGAUCAAGCAAGUACAUGGGUAGUUUCGGGACUGAGCUACUGGCACCAGGGGAUGUUCCAUUGUUUAAUGGGACAGGGUUUGCAAUAGACCCUGCCCUCAGUCAGAUGAACCCUCCCCUUACAGAUCCCAUCCCCCUCCCCCUGACCACAGUGCCCAGUGUUACAUCUGUCAGUACGACAGCGUCGGAAGCCUCCACUCCAGCGUCCACGGCUGCCAGCUCCCCUCAGAAGGCACAGGAUAUGGUACAGUCCGAAGUAACGUACGACCAGCCGCCUCCCUCUCUGCUAGACGGAUGUCAGAAGAAUAGAAACGUUCCCCCAUAUCCGCCGUCUACGCACCAUCACAACCCCCCUCCAGGGGCGUUUGGGAUGGUGAACCCCCCUGUAUCCCUGCCGAACCUGGUGGAGAACCCGUACUGCUUCAAGCACAAGCCCAUGCCACUGUUGCCUCCGUCGCACCCUCAUCCCCCAUCAAGUAGCACAACAUCCACACCGCCUGCCAAACUCACAGCUGAAAUCCUGAGGUCUGCUGCUGUCAAUGCAGCUAUCGAAGAAGCAGCAAGAGCUUCAGGAGACCAGAGAGUGCCGACAGCUCCGCCCGUCUCCACCGGCUGCCAGAGAAACCACCUGAGUGCACCUGCACACAAGCAUCACCACCCGCACGGCCACCCGCAGCCCCCCACACCUGCACCCCGCAGCUGCGCCUCCUCAGCAGCACUGGCAAAUAUAGCAACAUCCUCAAAUGGUUGUAGUGACCCAGACUGUCUGGAUGGCCACAGCCAUGGCGAGGAUGCGCCAGAUGACAGCUGCUCGGAGAAGAGCAGCUCCACCGUCAACUCCAGCAACCAGAAGGACGGGAAGUACUGCGACUGCUGCUACUGCGAGUUCUUCGGACAUGGAGGGCCACCUGUGGCUCCCACCAGCCGAAACUACACAGAGAUGCGGGAGAAGCUGAGACUGAGACUGACACAGAGGAAGCAGCCCAAGUCAGAGGAACGCCCCAUCCCUGUCUCCCAGCCCAGCCAAUGUGUCAAGAGCCAGUCGGAGAAAAUCGACUCCCGGGAGCUGGAGGAGCUUCUCAAUUUCAUUAACGGUGGUGAGGAGGAGGGUUCGCCCAAAACCAGCUCCAGAGCGGCCAAGAGAGCGCGACGCAAGCAGAGAAAGCUUGCGGAGGAGCAGGCCCGUCUUGAGGAGGAGGCUCGUCAGCUGGAGCUGCAACGGCAGAAGGAAGAGGAAGUCAGAAGGCAGAAAGAAGAACAGGAGAGACUACUGCAACAACAGCAGAAGAACAAGAAAAAGAGGAAGAGCAAAUCCUCCCAUUCUGCCGGGGGCAACAACAAGGCCUCUGCAGGUGCAGACAGCACGGGUGCGGAGACUGUCCAGCCAAACGUAAAAAAUCCAGUAGCCAGUAAAUCAGACAAAGGUCAGCAGAACAGAGUUCCGCAGCCGCCCCCUCCUUCUAUUGGCCAGGAGAGCUGCCAACAAAAUGGUUCCCUGAAGAGAAAGAAAAGGAAAGCUGGCAAUAGGUCACCGUCCAUCCCAGAGAACAGGUCCAGCUCUGAGUCGCCACAGUCGGACCAGAGAGACAGGGUAAAAUCUGAACAUGCUCCCCGACACAUCAAUCACAAAUUAGCUCCUGAACGGCCAGUCAAUCAGAAAGCUCCUCAACAUCAAGCAGCCAAUCAGAAGCUGCUGAAUGGCCAGGCAACCAACAACAAGUUGGCAGGUGGACUUGCAGCUCAGCAGAAGGCUGUGAAUGGCCACUUGCCCAAUCAGAAAGCAAUUAACAUCAAGGCAGCCAACCAGAAGUUGGUUAAUGGGCAGUGUGCCAACCAAAAGGUUGUAGGCAACCUGGCAAUUGGUCAGAAAGGUUUAAAUGGCCAGGCUAAAAGAGUAAAUUGUACCACAGCUGUUCACUCAGUCAACAAGGUCUGUAAGGAGCAGGAAGCAACUGGUGCAAAGCAACACAACCUGCCCAAGGUUUCUGCAGAAAAGAGACCUGAGCAGAAUGGUAUUUUGGAGCCAACAACACCCAAGAAGCAACAGCCUGGCAAACAGCAGCCACAGGUGCAGACACAUGACAAGCAGCUUCCCAACAAACUGAAGGGCAAACCCAACAGGGAUGGCAAGACUCUAGACAGAGCUCUGGAGGAAAGACUGAAAUCUGAGGCAACAGUCAACCACAAGGUGCAAAGAGCACAGCCUGUCCCUCGAGGAAAGCACCCCUCCCCGUCCCCCUCUCCCACAGGCAGUGAGUCCCCCACCCCACAGGGUAAGACAUCCCCCAACGGCACUAAAAACAAGAAGAACAAGAAAAAGUACAAGAACGCCAGCCCCAUGAGUGUAAUAGAUGAUAUCUUCAUGCCAAAAGAUGAGCCAGAGACUGCUGAGCUGGAUGACUUUGAAAAAGAACUGGAAGCCUUCAAAAGAUUCUGCAUGAACUCAGUUCCCAAGGAGCAGAAGGAAAAAGUCCAUGUCAACAUGAAGGACAUCAUCAUCAAGGGCAAGUCCUCAGCAGUUCAUGCCCACUGAACCUUAACCUUUGACCCUUGGUUGGAGCAGAAGGCUAAAGGACAUUGUCAUGAGCAUCCAGCACCCAAACCACCUGGACCGUGACCUCUGACCCUGUAUUGGGAAUAGAAGGCAAAAGCUCAUGUAUGAAGAGUACCAUCAAGGUCAAAGUUGUCCAUUGCCAAUAAUAUUGACCUCGGACCUUUAACCUCUGCACAACAGUAGACAUCUUCCAAGCUGCUUUAGAUUGCAUAAUUUUUACUGACUUGAUAUUCAUUGUAUACAAGCCGUGCUAUAAAGAUAUAAAAGCUUGUUCAAUAACAUCCUACACUGUUGUGUUAAUGCAGCAUAUGAGGUUGACGUGCACAGGUUCCUUUCAUCCAAUUUAUUUUACUUAUUUUAUGUGGCAUCCAGCCUGUAAUAUUUUAGGUUGGAAUAACGUAACUAUUUUAGUUGUUUUAUCCUUAAACUGUGCGUCAGCUUCAGACCUGAGACUGAAAAGCUUGGAAGAUGUCUCUGUCAGCAAGCAAAGACCCCUCCACACCGAGCACAGGGUUUUCAGAUUUGUCCUCACGGUUUGUCUUUCGGCCUCAUUUUAGUCUUCCUUCAGUUGAUUUGUAGAAUGAUCAGUGUUUGUCUUCCUUGCACUAGUUUAGAGCGGAGCUGUUCAAUGCCAAAGUUUGGCUAUCAAGAUGUGCAGACACAGUAGAUGCUUGCUAGGCUAAUUAGGAUAGGCUAGAAACUUGACCAGUUAUUCUUGUAUCCCUAUGCAAUAGAUAGGUUCAAUAGGUUCAAAUUACCAAGUAGCAGAGACAUUUACUUUAGGUCUAGGGGAAGAUAACAAAAUGCAGCUUCUUUUUAUCCUGCACCCAUGGAAAGUACUUUUGAUGCAGUAAGAUGCUAUAGAUAGAUGCCUAGUGCCUAGGCAGGCCUUGAAGUUUGAAGACAUUACAGUAGGGUUGAGCAUAGCAAAGCCGAUAUUAGACCCAUGCUGGUGUGGAGGGGUCAAAGAAGGGGGCUACUAUGUGAAGGAUAUUCAGUUUAGGGGAAUAGAUUCCGUUGUGCCGUUGGGAACUGAAAUGUGGAGUAGAUACAUGUACCCAACACUGAAUGGCAAAUUAGGGAAUGGGAGAACUUGGGGGAGGGCAAAUCCAUAUUACAGAGGAACGGGAGAGCCAAGCCACAGUGUUACGUCACUGUAUAACCUAUGACCUCUACGGUGGUUGCCACAUGAACCACGUACAUGUAUGUCGACCUACUUGCUCAAACCCUUUUCUUGUCUGCACUGCAAAGAUGAAAACGAUUUUGCACUGAGCCAACGAUGAAUUGUAUGCUGCCCGUAUGGAAACCUGCUCGCUACAACUACAACUACUUUUACUGACUACUACAGCUAUUAUACUACUACUUGUGACUUUUUCUAAGAGUUGUACUGGAAUUAAGUCGACCAGUAGUCCAGGCACUAGUGCCUACUUACAGCUGCAAGUUUUGUUCUGACUAGCGUAUAGCAAAAUGUGAUGGCAGAGAGAGAGAGAAAGAAAUAGAGUUUAAAAAUGUACUUGCUUUUAGCAUCUCUUGAAUUUGAAUAGAGUAUUGUUGCCUGGCAACAGGGAGGACAGGAGUUUGAAUGCAUGUGACUGGAGUAACUGCCACAUUGUUAAUAAGAAUAGUAUGAGAGAUUGCACAACAUUAACAAUUAAAGAUAGCUAACCAUUGUA